UGACUCAAAUAUCGCACAAAAUGAUCGCGUAUUUCGCGUUUCACUCUUACGGCCAGAUCUGGACGUAUCCCUACAGCUAUACAGACUGUCAACCAAGUGAUCACUAUUUCUUUAGAAAUCUAUCACAUAUAGCGACAAAGGCUAUCAGACAAACCCAUAAUAAGAGCUAUGCAUACGGCGAUGCAUCGGAUCUGAUAUACGUUUCCUCUGGUAUAAGCAAUGAUUGGGUUUACGAUAAAUUGGGCGUUAGAGUCAAUUUUGCGGUUGAGUUACGAGACCUAGGUCAGUAUCAUUUUUUGCUACCGGGAUGGCAAAUAAAGCCCACCGCCGAAGAGGUCUGGGCCGGCAUUGAAGCCAUUUUUGCACAUUUGUCUCAAUCCGAAGACAUGUGCGCACUCUAUCUCAAGAAACUAUUGCCACAAAACAUUCAUAUCAUUGGUUACGCGCGCUCUAAGAGAACGGUCGACGAUAUCCGCCGCUCUGUCGACCCGUAUGUGGCCCUCAAAGACAACGAAGAGAGAGCCAAAUACGACCAGUUCUGGCAAAUCAAUCAAUACAUUGCGGGAAAUACCGAUCAAACGAGUGAUUAUAUGGCAGUCGACAGUCAUUUGAAGAAAAUCGAGUCCUAUUACGGUGUGUCCAACAGACUCUUCUACUUAGCCCUUCCGCCCAGUGUUUACGCCGUCACCGCUGCGGCACUUCAAUCGACACUUAUGUCGCAAACUGGUUGGAGUCGACUGGUGUUUGAGAAGCCGUUCGGUCGCGACAGCCAGUCCUCUGACCAACUCUCGGAAGCCCUGUCCACACUGUUCUCUGAGGACCAACUCUAUCGCAUUGACCACUAUUUGGGCAAAGAGAUGGUCCAGAAUAUUAUGGCCAUUAGAUUCUCAAACACAUUAUUCAAAUACAACUGGAAUAAUGAGUCCAUUUCUAGCGUUGAGAUACUUUUUAAGGAGCCGUUCGGCGCACAGGGAAGGGGCGGCUAUUUUGAUCAGUUCGGUAUCAUUAGGGAUGUCGUACAAAAUCAUUUGCUACAAGUGCUGUGUUUGGUCGCUAUGGACAGACCCGCCGCUAAUGAUGCCAAUAAGAUCAGGGAUGAGAAGGUUAAAUUAUUGAAACAAAUAGAGGUAUUGGAUGUGAAGGACAUUGUUUUGGGUCAAUACGUGGGAAAUCCUAAAGGAGAGGGCGAGUCAGCGCUCGGGUAUUUAGACGACCCGGGAGUG